CUGGAACCAGUUGUAGCUGUGCCGGUUCCCUCACUCCGCAUCGUGGCUUCGACACGGUAAACGGGCCUGUAUUUACCGUGGCGCAUCGUGCUCGCGCGUACCUCGUUUUCUGGCGUCGUUCUUCCCGACGUAUCGUCGUCGUCGUCGUCGUGUUCGUCAUCGUGCUCGUCAUCGUCGUAUCUCGAUCCCGAAUGUCACACCGGGGCACAUGCGCCAUGAAACGGGUCUGACGCGCGUCUCUUUUUCGUCCCGUCGAGAAAAGAAGCACGAGCUCGAGAUCGAUCCUCGCGUUGUCGAUGCUCCAAGGACACCACACGGUGGUAAUAUUGGAGUGCAGGUGCGCGGACUAGCUGGGUGUUGCCUCUUCGUUCGUCCAAGUGCUUUGUGACCUCACGAUGGAGCCAGGCUUGAAGAAGGAUCGUUCCAGGACUGCGCCCAAUCGCCCCGAAUCGCCGCGUCGAUGAACCCUUCUUGCUUAGUGAUUGUGUAACACAGUGAGGGGUGUAUAACUCUUAUACUGGGAUAAUACGUGACUGUUGUACCGCGUUUUCGAUCGCCGAGAUAGCCGAGACGUAAGCUGUUGGCCCCCCCAGGAGCAGUGGAUACAUUUCCACCGAGAUGUGCCCGUGAGGGCGUGCUUACUUACCCUGGACCUCGACAGGACCACGUAAUAACAACCACCCUCUGUCCUUUCGACCAUACCUUAGAGAUACUACAUUGAUAUUACAUCGAGCGUUACGAGUGUUAGGAAGGAAAACUGGAGGAAAGAGUGGCGGAGUUGGCAGUGACGUUGUUGAGUGUUGAAAAGUUGUCGAACCGAGGAAAGAACCGAGGAGGGUGAACCGAGCUGGUGGUGGAGGAAGAAGAAGAAGAAGAGGAGGCAGAAGAAGGGAACUUGCGCAGCGGACGCCAUCUCCGCGUUAUCGGCAAGCGGAUCCCCCGGGACUCCCCCCCAAGCAGCUUCGGCGUCGCGCACCCUCGGCGGGAACUACCCCGUGACAGCAGCCACCCUGAUGGGAGUGUAUGAGGAGCGCGCCCCUCCUACCACCGGCAUGCACUGGCAGCCGGCCAGCUCGCAGGAGCGUGGCAGCGGCUUGGCUGUGGGGCGUCAAGGGGGGCCCGGCAGUGCGGGGGGGCCCGGAGCAGUGGACCAGGCGAGGGACCUAAGUCCCUGCCUCCCUGCGUCUAUGGGCGACGCUGCACGACCCACCACCUUACCGUGCAGUCCUCCUGCCGCCCACCAUCACGGGCCCCAUCAUACACCCCUACAUCAGACCCACUGCGGAACCAACAAUAAUUGCUACGACGGACCCACCACCCCCUACGACUCUAGAGACUACGAUUCCCCCGGAGGUGGGCAAGAGUACAGGAACAGCAGCAGCAACUUCGAGAACCCGAGCGACCUGAGCAUGCCCCCGCAAACGACCCACCACCACCAUCAUCACCACCAUCACUCGCAUCUGCACCCGCAGACUCACUCGCAGGAACAGCAGACCACGGAACACUUGCACGCCAUCCCGAAACUGGAGCCGCCGCCCACCCCGCCCGCGCAGUCGGACGACGUGCCGGGGGUGGUUUGCGCCGGAUGCGGCCUCCGGAUAUCCGACAGGUUUUACCUUCAGGCGGUGGACAGGCGGUGGCACGCGGCCUGCCUUCAGUGCUCCCACUGCCGCCAGGGCCUCGACGGCGAAGUCACCUGUUUCAGCAGGGACGGAAACAUUUACUGCAAGAAGGACUAUUAUCGGUGAGUCGAGUGCAGACGUUCUCAUUCGUCACGGUGAUUAACCCUCGACUGGUGGCCCAAUCGUUACGUAAGCGGUCGAGGCCGAUUUAUGAUACUGGAAUGAUCGAGUCGAGGGAUAGUGAUCGAUGAGCUUUUUUUUUUUUAAAUCGAUAUACGUCUAGGGUUUUUUAUCAAGUGAUAUUCGUCAAUUGUUAUUGAUAGGAUUUUUUAAUUUAAAUGGUUUUGUGGGUAAGAAGAACGAUGAUAUUCUCCGCUAGGCAAUUAAACCGUAACCGCAAAGUACAUUGUCUCUGUAUAUUUAUCAGCUUAUCCCAAGGAAAUUCGCAGUUCCGUGGUCGAUCUCAUUUGACGAUGUUUGAUCUCAAUUGCGUCGGUCUAUUUCUUUUUUUUAUUUUCAUUCGAAUCGUGAUAUUGUUUGCAAAAAUUUACAAAACCUUCUUUUAAGACAAAGAAAGAUACCUCGAGUGGCUCGUCACGAGGGGCAAGUCAAAUUACCGCGAAGCGGCAAUUUCUGUAAUUCCAAAUUGGCCAUUCGAGGAGAGGCCAUCCGUGAUUCGAGAGCGCGCGUGAUUUUUUAAAAAGAAGAAGAAGAAGGAAAAGAAAAAAGAAUCGAGCGCUUGCGCAACGAUCGAAGGCCUCGAAUCUCUUUAACGCCGCGACGAUAAGGGCCUGUUUUAUCGACGUGCACGCGAUUGACAGUGAAUUACCUUUGCACUCGGAAUGCUUCGGCCAUGAGGAGACGAAUCACGCACCGAGCAAUAAAAAAUUAUCGCGACACAGCGGCUCGUGGAAAACAAUGAGAUACGGAGCGUUUAUGUAAGCCGAGCCGCCUUUAUUCGAAAACGCACGCCAUUUCGGGAACGCGGAUUCCGGGGAAGAGGUUUUCGUGUCGCGAUUUUUA